AUGACUGUUAAAGGUAUUCAAAUUGCCAUUGAUCGUGGUGGAACUUUUUGUGACGUUAUUGCAAAGAUCCCAGGACAGGAUGACUACGUGUUUAAGUUGUUGUCAGUUGACCCUCAGAACUACAAGGAUGCACCUACUGAAGGUAUAAGACGAAUUUUGGAAGUUGUGAAUGGUACCUCCAUACCAAAGAGUGAUAAAUUGAAAUUGGAUCAGAUUCAAAGUAUCAGAAUGGGAACCACUGUUGCCACGAACGCAUUACUUGAAAGAAAAGGCGCGAAUGUGUUGUUGGUUACGACAAAGGGAUUUGGGGAUGUGUUGGUGAUUGGGAAUCAAACCAGGCCACAUAUUUUCGAUUUGACUGCAAAGAAAUUGGGUCAUUUGUACAAAGAGGUACUAGAGGUGGAUGAAAGAGUGACUAUCGAGAGCUUUUCCGAAGGUGGUGGUGAUAAGUUGUCAAUUGACAAACUGCAACCUAAUUUGACUGAGGGGGUGACUGGAGAUACAAUCAGAAUCAUCAAGGAGCCAAACUAUCAAGAAAUUGAAAAGUCCUUGCAGAGUGUGUAUGAUAAAGGAGAGAUCAAGGCAGUUGCGUUGUCGUUACUUCAUGCUUAUGCCUACCCUAAACACGAGGCUGAGAUUGCCAAGAUUGCCAAAAAGAUUGGAUUUGAAGUCUCGGUAUCACAUGAGUUGCAACCUAUGAUUGGGUUUGUUAAUAGAACAUCCUCAACUGUGGCUGAUGCGUACUUGUCACCAGUUAUAAAUGAGUAUAUUCAGAACUUUGGUGCUGGAUUCGAAGGUGGCUUGGAUGCAUUUGGAAAUAAGCUUUUGUUUAUGCAAUCAAAUGGUGGGUUAUGCCCGUGGUACAAAUUUACUGGAUUGAAAGCAAUCUUGUCGGGUCCAGCUGGUGGAAUGGUUGGAUUUGGAGAGACUUGUUAUGAUGAAGUUUUGAAAAAGGCUACUAUUGGGUUCGAUGCAGGUGGUACCUCAACUGAUGUUUCUCGAUACGAUGGCCAUUUUGAACAUAUUCAUGAAACAAUUGUCAGUGAGAUCAAUUUACAAACACCUCAAUUGGAUAUCUCAACCGUUGCUGCUGGUGGUGGGUCGAUUUUAUUUUGGAAAAAUGAUUUGUUUGUAACUGGUCCAGAGUCAGCUGGGUCUGACCCGGGUCCAGCAUGCUAUAGAAAAGGUGGCCCAUUAACAGUUACUGAUGCUAAUUUGUAUUUGGGAAGAUUGGUCCCGGAACAUUUUCCCAAAAUCUUUGGCCCUAAUCAGGAUCAGGGAUUGGAUUAUGAAAUUGUUGACAAAAAAUUCAAAGAAUUGACUGAACAAAUAAAUAGGGACCAAGCAGCAAAAGGUAUCAAGCUAGAGCCUGUUGAGGUUGCAAGUGGGUUUUUGAAAGUUGCUGUUGAGUCAAUGGCUAGACCUAUUCGGAACUUGACGGAGGCUAAAGGGCAUGAGACAUCUAAUCACAACUUGGCUAGUUUUGGUGGUUCUGGAGGUCAAUUUGCUGUUUCUUUAGCAAAAAACUUGGGUAUUACAAAUGUUGCAGUUCACAAGUACUCCUCCUUGUUGUCAGCAUAUGGUAUUCAACUUGCAGAUAUUGUUAUUGAAAAGCAAUCACCCGCUUCAAUCACGUAUUCCAAAGAGAAUUUGCCUGGUCUUGAUAAGAAAAUUGAAUCACUUAUUGACGCAGCUCAAGAGGAUUACCAAAGGCAAAACUUGACUGAUUUCACCACCAGGUUGGACAUUUUCUUAAACAUGAGAUAUGUUGGCAGUGAUACCCACUUGUUAAUUCCAACCCAAGUAGGCGAUAUUGAUGCUGCUGAAAAGUUUAUCAAAAGACACAAGAGCGAAUUUGGAUUCAACUUGGAGAGGGAAGUUUUGGUUAGUGAUGUGGAAGUUAUGUUGAUUGUCGAGUCAAAUGAUAAAGAGCAUCACAAUCCUUAUCAAGAGGCAGCUCAGGUGACUACAGCUUUAGAAGCUUCCAAACCGGCAUUCACCAAGCCUGUAUACUUUGAUUCAGUUGGGUGGUUGGACUCACCAGUGUACGUUUUAACCGAUUUGCAAAAGGGUUCUCUUGUCAAAGGUCCAGCCGUCAUCAUUGACAAAACUCAAACACUCAUCAUUGAGCCUCGUUCACAAGCAAGAAUAUUAAGCCAUCAUGUGCUAAUUGAAGUUGAGCAAGAAAAGAAGCCCCAGUUGUCGUCAACAACAAUCGACCCCAUCCAGUUGUCUGUUUUUGGUCACCGGUUUAUGUCGGUUGCAGAACAAAUGGGAAGAACAUUGCAACAAACGGCAAUUUCAACUAAUAUCAAGGAACGGUUGGACUUCUCGUGUGCCAUUUUUGACCACAAUGGAGAUUUGAUUGCCAAUGCACCUCAUAUUCCUAUCCAUUUGGGUUCCAUGUCCUAUGCAGUCAAGGCGCAGAUCAAGAUGUGGGAGGGUAAGUUGGAACCCGGUGAUGUUCUUGUUUCCAAUCAUCCAAUUGCUGGUGGGUCACAUUUGCCAGACAUUACCGUCAUAACUCCCGUGCUAAACGACAACAAUGAACCCAUCUUUUGGACCGCUUCAAGAGGUCACCACGCUGAUAUUGGAUCUAUCGCUGCAGGAUCAAUGCCGCCAAACUCCAAGACAAUUCAUGACGAAGGUGCAGCAAUAGUUACUCACAAGUUGUGUGCUCGUGGCAAAUUUGAUGAAGUAGGAAUCACCAAGAUAUUGGUUGAUGAACCAGCCAAGCAGCCUGGUGGAUCAGGCACGAGAACUUUAAGUGAUAACAUUUCGGAUUUGAAGGCACAAGUAGCUGCAAAUUACAAGGGUAUAGUUUUGUUGCAAAGGUUGGUUGAUGAUUUCACAUACGACGUUAUCAGAUUAUACAUGGGAGGAAUUCAAUCCACUGCUGAAAUUGCCGUUAGAAAUUUGCUCAAAUUGGCGUAUGAAAAGUUUGGUUCUCAUGAAUUAAAGGGUGUCGAUUAUAUUGAUGAUGGUACACCAAUUGUCUUGACUGUCACUAUCAACCCUGAAACUGGAUCUGCAUUGUUUGACUUUAGUGAGACUGGUGACGAAAUUUAUGGAAACUUGAAUGCGCCAACAGCAAUCAUGUACUCGGCGGUGUUGUAUGUUCUCAGGUGCCUUAUUAGUACUGAUAUCCCAUUAAACAACGGUUGUUUGAGACCCAUUGAAUUCAAAACUAGACAGGGCUCUCUUGUGGCCCCAUCUGAUGACGCAGCUGUUGUUGGUGGUAAUGUUGAAACCACGCAGAGAAUUGUUGACGUUAUGCUCAAAACUUUCCAAGCGGCCGCUGGAUCUCAAGGGACUUGUAACAACUUUACGUUUGGAACUAACGACAAGGAGAAUGGUAUUUGUUUUGGAUACUAUGAAACCAUUUGUGGUGGAGCUGGAGCUGGUCCUGAUUGGGAUGGUCAAUCGGUUGUGCAAUGCCACACUACAAAUACAAGAAUGACGGACUCUGAAAUAUUUGAAAAGAGAUACCCUGUUUUGCUUCAUGAAUAUUCAGUUAGGCAUGGAUCUGGGGGUAAUGGACUCCAUAAAGGUGGUGAUGGUGUGAUUAGAGAUAUUGAGUUUUUGUACCCAUUGGAAGUAUCAUGUUUGAUGGAGCGAAGAUCAAUGGCGCCAUAUGGAUUACAUGGGGGUGAAGAAGGGGCUCGUGGUGUAAACAAAUGGAUUUAUAAGUCCCCCACUGGCGACUACAAGAGUAAAUCGUUGGGCGGUAAAUGUACGGUUAAGGUCAGCAAAGGAGACAGAGUAAUCAUCAAUACGCCUGGUGGUGGUGGAUACGGCCAUGCUGAACUGAAUGGUACGUCUAAUGGAAAGUCUAAUGGGGUCCACUACCCUAUCAGGAGCACCAACCCUUCGAGGUUGACUGGAUCAGUGGGAAUGAGAGACCAUAUUCAAACAACUAAUUAG